GCCGUAUGCAGGGAAGUUUAUCUCGCUCGUCGGAAAAAACCAGACAGUUGGCUCACCACAAUAAUGGAGAUCCUGGCUGUAGUACUUGUAGCAUGCUUCAUCUACUACUCCUACUACUACAUGGACAACCUGCAGUUUCACGUCACGCACGCCUACGCCCACAUGGGCCAAGCUCAUGCCGCACACAUGGUGGGUCAAAGGUUACUCUGGGGCGAAGGAACCAAGCAGGAUGAGGACAAGGCUAUGCAAUGGUUCAGGGUUGCAGCUGACAAGGGUCAUCCCCAUGCAUCUCAUAACCUGGCCAUAGGUCAUCUCCAUGGUUACAAUACAGAUGUCAAGGACAAAGAGGAAGCAAGAACUCUUUUGGAAUUCGCCAGGGACAAUGGAGUUCAUGAAGCCCAUGAUGCAUUGCACCGUCUUUGUCCGCAUGACCAGUGUUGAGAAAAUACGGAAGGAAACAAUGGAAUCUUGAGUGGCCCUUUUCAGUAGGAAAUGAAUCCAGCUUAUUUCAAAAGACAAAUUGUGUUGGUGUUCCUUGUACGUUCUGAAUUAUGAAGGGCAGGUACAAUUAAAAUGUCUCUGCCCUUUAAUUUGCUUGGUUGGAAUUAGCAUUGAUGUACUUGUUAAAGGGAAAGUCCACCCCAAAAUAAGUUUGUUUCGAUAGAGGCAGA